GGUGACCUCUCUCUAUUGCUCUUCUGCUCUUCCCCUUUUCCUUCAUAUCUUGGCCUAAACUUUCUACAGUAGUUUUUCUUUUUACUUUUUCACACGAGAAACAAUGAGUAGGCAGUUUAGUUCACGGUCUGGUGGUGGGCUCAGGAUUUCCCAUGGCUACACUUCUUCUGCUGUUGCCCUCCCUGGGAGGUCAAAAGGAAGCUUCAGUUCAAUCUCUUUAUCCCAAAGUGGGAGAGGGAAUCUAGGUGUAGGUCUUGGGGAUGGAUUUGGUAGCAGAAGCCUCUACAGCCUAGGGGGUAAUAAGAGAACCUCCCUCUAUGUUGGUGGUUCAGGUGGGGGCUUUCUGGUUGGUGGGUUUGGUACUGGUGGUGGUGGUGGUGGUGGCUAUGGUGGAGGCGGUGGCUAUGGUGGAGGUGGUGGCUAUGGUGGAGGUGGUUUUGGCAGUGGAGGAUUUGGAGUUGGGGGAUAUGGAGCUGGAGGAUAUGGGCCUGGAGGUUAUGGUCUUGCAUUAGGAGGAGGAGGACUUGGAGGUGGUGGUGGAAGAAUGGCUCCCAUUGUUCCUCCUGGAGGCAUCCAGCCAGUUUCUGUAAAUCCCAGCCUUCUGGCCCCACUCAACUUAGAGUUUGACCCAGAGAUCCAAAAAGUACGUGUGAAGGAGAGAGAGCAGAUCAAGACCCUCAACAACAAGUUUGCUUCAUUCAUUGACAAGGUGCGGUUUCUGGAACAGCAGAAUAAGGUUUUGGAGACCAAAUUGAACCUUCUACAGCAACAAGGCAGCACAGCCACAACAAUCCAUAUUGACCCGAUGUUUGAGGCUUACAUUAAUAACCUCAGGAAUCAGCUGGAUGGUCUGGUAGGAGAUCGAGGGAGACUUGAUGGAGAACUAAGAAACACCCAAGAUCUUGUUGAAGAUUAUAGAAAGAGGUAUGAAGAUGAAAUCAACAAGCGCACUACUGCUGAAAAUGAAUUUGUUGACAUCAAGAAGAAUGUUGAUGGUGGCUUCAUGCACAAGAUAGAGCUGGGGGCAAAGGCUGAUGGUCUGACAGAUGAGAUAAACUUCCUGAGAGCUCUCCAUGAAGCAGAACUGUCUCAGAUUCAAGGACGGAUCAGUGACACCAACAUUGUUCUACAAAUGGACAACAAUAGAGAUAUAGAUCUCAACAGCAUCAUUUCUGAAGUGAAAGCACAAUAUGAAGACAUUGCUAACAGAAGCCGAGCUGAAGCAGAGGCUUUGUACCAAAGCAAGUUUCAGGAACUUCAGAGUACAGCUGUCAAUCAUGGAGAUGAUUUAAAAAACACUAAGAAUGAGAUUGCAGAGCUCAGUCGGAUCAUCCAGAGAAUGAAAGCAGAAAUUGACAAUGUGAAAAAGCAGAUUGCUGGUCUCCAGACAGCUAUUGCUGAUGCAGAACAACGUGGGGAGUUGGCUCUGAAAGAUGCCAGAGUAAAACUGACAGAUCUGCAACAUGCCCUACAAAGCGCCAAGGAUGAGCUGGCACGUCUGUUGCGGGAUUAUCAGGAACUGAUGAAUGUCAAAUUGGCCCUGGAUGUUGAGAUUGCCACAUAUAGGACUCUUCUGGAAGGAGAGGAGUGCAGGAUGUCUGGAGAACUCACCACCCCUGUCAGUAUGUCGGUGAUCAGCAGCUCUUCUAGCAUUGGUGGAAGCAGUUACGGCAUCGGAGGUCUUGGAGGUGGUGGUGGAGGAGGUCGAGUGAGCAGUGGAGGAUUUGGCCUGGGCACUGGUGGUGGUGGAGGAGGAGGAAGUGGUGGUGGUGGUGGAGGUCUUGGCCUUGGGAUAGGUGGUGGAGGUGGUGGAGGUUAUGGUGUGAGUAGUGGGAUUGCUACUGGAGGGAGAAGCUACAGUUCUGGAAGUGCCCGGGGCUUUGGUGGGGGGUUGACUGCUGGAGGAGGAGGAGCAGGAGGAGGUGGGAGCUCCUCAAGCACAAAAUAUGUCUCAACAACUUCAUCUUCAAGCAAGAAAAUAGUUAGAUAAAAAGCAAAUGUCCACACACAUCUAUCCACAACCAGACAAUUCUGGAAAAGUUCCUCUUUCUAAUUGCCUAGACUCCAAUCUAGUAGUCCAUCCUUUACACCUGUGAUGGAAACACCCCCAUACAUGCCCAUGAUCGCAUGAGAGGCAUAUGUUGGCUGCUCAUGAGAAAUCCCUGUGCAUCUGUCUUGACCCACCUGUUGAGCUACAACUUCCGUCAUCUCCACUUUGCAUAGCUGCUGUGGUGAUGAAAAUUUUCACCACAUUUAAAGGACAUGAAUUAGAGAAAGGUCAUCUCAGUCUUGGUCUGUUUGGGGGGGGGGGGGGGAAACCAUGCUGAACUCCCACGUUAGGCUGAUUGAGAUCUAUUGCAUAAAUGUAUCUCCCUCAUGGCCCUGUUUUCCUCUUGCCUUCAUCAUCUAACUGGCAUAACUGCAUCUCUAUAAUUCUAGUCCUGUUCCCUUCCAUCCCUUCAGUUUGUACAUCUUUAUUCAGUGAAGCUGAAUCAAAGGUCAUCUGCUGAACAGUUUUGCUCAUUGCUUCUGAUUAAAGGAAAGAAAAAAGAAAAAUACUUUGUGCCCCAUAAUUGUGCAUAUUUUGAAAUCUUAAAAAUAAAUCAUACAAACCUAGAAGGAAAUUUCAUUCAGUCUCUCUAUAAAUAUCCACAAAUUCUGAGAACUAUUUUUGGUAUGAAAAGCAAAUAAUAUAACCAUCUAAAUGUCAUUGCUAUGUUGUUAAUAUUUGGAGAUACAAUUCAGGCAAUAGAAAAUGCCAUUUUACAUUUAAUGACUGGAAGUACUUUUGUUCCAAAGACAUUUGAUAUGGCUGAGAGUCUGUUUUGAUUUCUCUGAAUAAUUACAAACUACUUCUGACACCUUGUGGCUUAUGCACUGACUUGUUUAACAAAGGAGCUGGAGAAAGAGAAAAUGCUUAAAAUGCCUAUAAGUUAAUUUUAUAAUUUUGUUCUCAUGAUAUCUCUUCAUGGUCAGAAAAGUAACAGAAUAUGACUUUGGGCUGCACUAAUGGCAUUUCUGAAUAAAAAAGGUGAGGCUCGGCUAUAUAUUCCAUAAUAGCCACAGUGUUUAGUCCUCAAUUAACGUUAUCAAAUUUAUUCCUUUCAUAACUCCUUGGUGGAGUGUAUGCUGAACUUGGCUGACCUCUGCCCAGUGGUAAUUUUUACUUGUUUAGGAUGGAAAAGUAGAGAGAUGAAGAACAUUUUAACACUGAUGCCAUAGUAUUUCCAUUGUGAUGUCUAGCCAUUCUAAUUUGUGAUAUAGUGAUGUAGUCCAGAACUCUUUAUUCAAAGUAGAUUGAUUGUUCUCUUGAUAUGGAAACCAUCACCCAUCACUUUUUUUUAAUAAAGGAAUCCAAAAAUCCAACCAAUUCAACUUUUAAUGUUUUUUAAUUGUCCACUACUAUCUGUUGUACAUACAGUUACAGUGAUUAUUCCUUUGCUUGCUGUUUGUUGUUCUGAAUUUCUUCACACUUUUUAUGGCAAAUAAACUGCAUUGUGAUAUCUA